UUCUUGUAAACGAAUGACAUUUCUUUUGGGUGGGAAAUCUUAGGAAAUGGGGAGGAAAAAAGAGCAAGAAGCUCCUCUUUAAUCUUGGGUUUUCGCAACUUUCUCCAUCUCUUCCUCUUCUGUCUCUCUCUAGAUCUGCAUAUUUGCAAAAACUCCCUCCUCUCCCUCUAUUCAUGAGCUCUCUCUAGUUAUAUAUACAGAGAUAUAUAUUAUAAAGAAAAAAAAGCCAUUAAAGGAGGAGCUGCUUCUGCUGCCCUCUGGGCACUCUAGGCUCUUGUUCUUUGUUCUACCUGAAGAAAGUGUUGGAUUGUGGGAUGAAAUUAUGUGCUGUCAAUUGGAGCUGUUGAAGGGCACAUUCCAUUUGAGAACAAGAUCAAUUCUGGCAAUAUUUGGGCAACCAUCAUGAACCUAAAUCAUUUGAUGGUUGAAACUGAGGAUACUUUUGCAAGUUUGCUUGAAUUUGCUGCCAACAAUGAUGUACAGGGCAUCGAAAGAUGGAUUGAGCGCGAUCCGUCUGGUGUUGAUGAAGUUGGGCUGUGGUAUGGUCGGCGAAAUGGCUCAAAACUAAUGGUUUUGGAGCAUAGAACUCCUUUGAUGGUUGCUGCAAAUUAUGGCAGCAUUGAUGUUCUGAGGCUGAUUCUUUCGCUGCCAGAAGUCGAUGUUAAUAGGUGGUGUGGCCGCGAUAAGAGCACAGCUCUUCACUGUGCAGCUUCGGGUGGAUCUCUGAAUUGUGUAGAUACUGUCAAGCUGCUUUUGGCAGCGGGGGCUGACCCGAAGUUGGUAGAUGCUAAUGGGAAUCGUCCGAUUGAUGUUAUUGUUUCUCAAAAUCUGCAGGAUAUGAGAUUGAGCCUCGAGAAUUUGCUCAGAAUUGAUGCUGUUGGAGAGGUGUUAACAGCUCGUUCUGGUUCUGGUUCGAAUUCUCCACCGUUAUCACCUUCACCUGGGAAUCAAUCUGCUUCGUGUUCUUCAGGCUCAGUUUCAUCCCCAAAGAGCGAGGAGAAAUUCAAUGAUCCCCCUGGUUUCUCUAUGCCAGAGAGGAAAGAAUAUCCAGUUGACCCUUCUUUGCCUGACAUCAAGAAUAGCAUCUAUUCAUCAGACGAGUUCAGGAUGUUCUCGUUUAAGAUCCGGCCUUGCUCUCGUGCCUACUCGCACGAUUGGACAGAAUGCCCGUUUCUCCAUCCCGGGGAAAACGCCAGAAGAAGGGAUCCAAGAAAGUACCAUUAUAGCUGUGUGCCUUGCCCCGAGUUUCGCAAUAAGGGGGCUUGCAGAAGAGGCGACAUGUGUGAAUACGCUCAUGGGGUUUUCGAGUCCUGGCUCCACCCUGCACAGUAUAGGACUCGGCUUUGUAAAGACGGGACGAAAUGCAAUAGAAGAGUUUGCUUCUUUGCUCACACACAAGACGAGCUAAGACCCUUGUAUGUUCCAUCGCCUACCUCAAAUGCUAUCGAGUUUGCUGCAGCCAUGGGACUCAUCCCGGGUUCCCCAUCGCCAUUCACUCCGCCCAUAUCUCCAUCCAAGAAUGGCAUUCCGAAUAUGGGUUGGCCCCAACAAAAUGUCCCGGCUUUACAUCUCCCGGGAGGUAGUCGCCUUCGCUCUUCCUUUCAUGUAAGAGACAUCCCUCUUGAAGAGCUGAACAUGUUGCCAGAUUUUGAUGUUCAACGCCAGCAGAUAUCGAGAUCAAGUAUUAGUACUAGUUCGUUUAAUCGAUCAGAGAGUUCGUCUCCUGGAUAUUCUGAUCAAGCUUUGCCAAAAUCUUGCUUUUCCCCAACCCAUAAAUCAGCAGUUCUCCACCAGUUUCAGCUGUUAUCUCCAAUCAACAAUAACACAAACUCUCCCCCGAAAAGUGCAGACAACCCAUUGCUCCAAACCUCGUUUGGAGUUUCAUCGCCAGGGAGGACGAUGUCGCCUCGGGUUAUGGACCCCGUCUCGCCACUGCCUUCCCACGUGUCACUACUUUCUCACCAUGAAAAGCAGCAGCAGUUUAGGAGUCUUAGCUUCAACUCUUCUGCUGCUGUAGAUUCUUGGCCAAAAUGGGAUUUUUCUGGCAGCAAACCAACCCGUGUUGUCGAUUCUGAGCCAUUUGGUAAGCUCAGAAGGUCAUCAUCAUCAUUUGAGCAGGCUAACAAUGGGGAGGAGCCUGAUUUGUCGUGGGUUCAGCGCCUCGUCAAGGAAUCUCCCCGAGAGACGACGAAGGAUAAAUCUGCAAAUGCCAUCGCCAUUGCAGGCGCUUCUGUCGAGGGCUCGCCUUCAAAUUCCCCGAUAGAACACAUUGAUCAAUCUGAACUGAGUGCAUGGCUGGAGCAAGUGCAGCUUGGUCAGCUAUUGGCUCAGUAAACUCACACUUCCAUUUGACAGAGCCUUGGCAAUGCAUCCCACAUCGGCUACUGAUGAGAAUUUGGACUAGUAUAUAAGACUAGGGCGAAACCAUUUUUGGGACAAUGUCUCUGUUGGUAAAUAGUGCAUGUUUUCUUCAAGCUGGAUUAAGAAGCCAGUCAAGAAAUGAGGUUCAGAAUUCUGGAAGAAAUUCUUUUUUUUCUUUUCACUAUUUGAAUUUCCUAUAUUUGGAGAAGAUGUAUUACCAUGAUCAACUGAUCAUGG